AUGAGAUAUUUAUUCUAUUUCAUUCUUCUACGUUACAUUCUGAAUACAUUACAAUUCAAUCUUUAUUAUACAGAUGAUAUUAAUGAAAACGAAGAUUAUCAAGCAUUGCAAUACAAUUGUUUACGUUUCUCCGAUUAUUUUGAAGAAAUUAACUCAAAUCGCGACAUACUUACAUUUUGUUUGAAUGAAUUCACAGCUAAAUUUAGCAUUUCAAACGUUGAUUCUUUUCCCAAGUUCACUUUCAAUGAACUUUCAAAAGAAAAUAUCUCUAGUGAACAAUUAUAUAAUUGGCAUACACCAAUCGAUAUUAUCGAACGUUAUCAAUCCUAUUUAAAUCAAUCAUUUCCACAAGCAUUAGAGAAUGAAAUUGUCUAUAAUUGUACAUUACCUCGAUUUGGACCAGUAUGUCAAUAUGAUUUUGAAAAUGAUUAUUUAAACUUCUCAAAUCUACAAGAAAUGAUGGAGAUUUAUUAUGAAAAUCAUGAGUAUAAUCCAUCUAAUUUGAGUUGUUAUAUUCAUAUGCAAUGUGAUCGUGGUUUAUCAUUAGUUUGUUUAGAUUGGACGGAAAUUUGUGAUGGAAUAAUAGAUUGUUUUGAUGAUGGAAUCGAUGAAAAGUACUGUACGAAACUAGAAUUUGAACAAUGGAAAAAGAAUUUUUAUGGACACAUAACAGGUCUUCCCAGUACAUUCGAUAAUAAAGUACCAUCUAACGAAAAUGAAGAACACAUAUGUGACAGAAUUUUUCUUACAAGUUCUUGUUCACCAACACGUUUUACAAAAUUAAUUCAAAUGGGAUUUUUUAUAAAAUAUCAUGAUUUAUCAAUGAAUUGUUGGUUAGCAUUUAAAUGUAUUUUUCAACGAUAUAUUCCAUUUGAAGCUUAUUGUAAUGAUUAUUGUGUCAAUGAUCAAUGUAUUACAAUUAUAGAAGAAUUCUGUCCAGAUAUGAUUUUUAUCUCAGAUUUACCGUUUUUUUUCGAUCAUUUUUAUUUAGCUUAUUUAAAAAGUGAUUUAAUACUAUUCAAUAAUGGUAAAUUUCGCUAUCCACACAUAUGCUAUAAUGGGUCUAAGUAUGAUGAUUAUUUUGAUAUAACUUUGAAAAUAUUGUUUAAUAAUGCAAGUUGUUAUGGUGAUAUGUAUAGUACAUUCGCGACAUCGAAUAAAUUAGAUCGCACAUAUUUCUCUAUUAUAUUAAGUAGAUUAUUAGAAGCGAUAGAACUUACAAAUACGACCUCUUUUUCUUGUACUCAAUCAGAUGCGUAUCAAUGUAUUAAUUCAUCAAAAUGUAUCUCUAUAGAAUCAAUUAAUGAUUAUAUAUAUGAUUGUCCUCAUAAGGAUGAUGAACAAUUAACUGAAUUUAAUGAUACUGAUCUCAUAUUCGCAAUGCUUAAUGGUUGUGGGUUCUGUGUAGAUGACGGCAAUUUCGAAAUGGAAGAUGUAAGAAAAUAUAUUUCAUUUAGAACUAUAUGUGAUGGAUAUACAAUUUUAAAACCAAAGUUUAUUAAUGGACGAAGAGAAACAGAUGAAACUGAAUGUGAACAUUGGGAAUGUAAUAAUAUUUAUACACGAUGUAAUCAUUUUUGGAAUUGUUUAGAUGGUGCAGAUGAAGUUGGUUGUCGAAUAGAACCAACAAUAAAUUGUUCUUCAAAUGAACAUAUUUGCAUUUCAUCACAAGAUAAUAAAUUAAUCUGUAUUUCAUUAACAAAAAUGAAUGAUGGUGUAAUUGAUUGUCUAGGCGCAAUGGAUGAGUUUAGAACAUCUCGUCAAGAAUAUCGUGAACAACGUCCAAGAUUUUAUUGUCAAAGUCAAAAUUCUGCAGUCUAUCUGACUUCUAAUCGUUUAUGUAAUGGUGUAACGGAUUGUGAUUAUAACGAUGAUGAACGUGUUUGUAAUGUUAAAAACUAUUGUAACUUGGAUUUUAGACCAUCAUCCGUAAAAAUGAUAUCAGAUAUUCAAAAUUUUCUAUGUAAAAGUGUAGAACCAACCGUGUUAAAGAUGAUUGUAUAUUUUACGUUAGAUAGUAGCAGCACAUCAGAUUUAAUUAGUUUUGAUAAUAUGCAAAGCAUAGAAUCUGAUUCAUUUAAAGUUUCUAACGAUCUAAAAAUCAUACAACAACAAUCUCAAUGUCAUCGUGGUCUUUCUAUACGCACUUGGUUAGACAAUGAGUACAAUCAAUCAAUUAUUACAUGUUUCUGUCCACUUAGUUAUUAUGGUGAUCAAUGUCAAUAUCAAAAUCAACGAGUUACUCUUGGUCUUCGAUUUCGUUCAUUAUCUGAUUCUAUUAGAACAUUAUUUGUCAUAAUUAUUUCAUUGAUUGAUCAAAGUAAUAAGCGAAUUGUGCACUCUGUUGAACAGUUUACUUAUUUAUCUGUUCGAGAUUGUAAUAGUUAUUUUAUUAACAAGUAUACUUAUUCUACUCGUCCAAAAAACGAAAUGAACAACUAUUCUAUACACAUUGAUAUAUACGAACAAGAUUCAUUUAUUUAUCGCGCCAGUUUAUUAUUUCCAAUUCUUUCUCAAAUUUUACCUGUUUAUUCAAUGCAGCUCACUAUCGAUAUUCCAAAAAGUGAAUCAAAAUUUGAACGUUGUGCAAAUCAUCGAUGUAUUCAUGGAAAAUGUCUAAAAUAUACCAAUAAUCAAGAUAGUUCUGAUUUUUGUCAAUGUACUCCUGGAUGGACUGGACAGUAUUGUCAUAUUCCUUUUAACUGUACAUGUUCAUCUGAUUCAUUAUGUAUUGGAAUCACUGCUAGUCAACGAUCGAUAUGUGUUUGUCCAAUACAUAAAUUUGGUCCUCGAUGUUAUCUUCAACGUACAAUUUGUCAAACAAAUAUUGAUUCUAAAUGUCAACAUGGUGGUACAUGUAUUCCUUUUGAUGAAUAUCGAAUAAAAGAACCAAGAUUUAUGUGUAUUUGUCCAAUAGGUUUUAGUGGAGAUCGAUGUGAAAUAUUAGAUUUAAAAAUAAUUCUUUCGUUCGAAAUAAGUCUUUUAUCUCAAUCAAUAUUUGUUCAUUUUAUUGAAAUUAUUGAAGAUAAUAAACCUAUUAGGACAACUACUUUUCAAACAAUUUCUUUUGUACAAAAUUUGUUAACAAUUGCAUGGUCACAACCAUUUCAUCUAGUCUUUAUUGAAAUAGGUAAAAAUAAUUAUUAUCUUACUGUUGUUGAUAAAACUUACAAUCGAUCAAGAACAAUAAAUAAAAUCAUACAAUCAUCAGAUCGUUGUCCUUAUAUCAAUGAAUUAUUCAAUAAAACUAUUGUCAAUUUACAUCUUCUUCGUCGAAUUAAAUAUUAUCAUAUACCUUGUCGAGAUUUACCAAUGAAUCUUUCAUGUUUUUAUGAUGAUAUUCAUUUAUGUAUUUGUUAUCAAUAUGAACAAAAGAGAUUGACAAAUUGUUUUGAAUUUAAUCAUAGUAUGACGUUCGAUUGUGAAGGACAAAAUGCAUGUAAAAAUGGUGGUCAAUGUUUUCAAGAUUCACUUUCAUGUUUACGAAGAACAAUGUGUCUUUGUUCAUCAUGUUAUUAUGGACAAAAAUGUCAAUUUACAUCGAGUGGAUUUGGUUUAACACUUGAUAAUAUUUUAGGUUAUCAUAUUCGAUUAAAUAUGGGUAUUCAACAUCAAACAAAUAUUGUUAAAGUAAGUAUUGUAUUGAAUAUUAUUUUUAUCAUAGUUGGUUUUAUUAAUGGUAUUUUGGCUUUGAUUACAUUCAAAAACAAAGUAGUACGUGAAGUUGGUUGUGGUUUAUAUCUAUUAGGAUCAUCAAUAACAACUUUACUUAUUGUAUUUAUCUUUGCAUUCAAAUUCUGGAUAUUAAUUUUCACUCAAAUGUUGAUGAUAUCGAAUGAAGUAUUUCUUCGUAUUCAAUGCAUUUCGUUAGAUUUCUUCAUACAAAUUUGUCUUAAUAUGGAUCAAUGGUUAAAUGCAUGUGUUGCUUGUGAACGAGCAAUGACUAUUAUAAAAGGUGUACGUUUUAAAAAAGAUCAAAGUAGAAACUCUGCUAAAAAGGUUAUUAUUGUUCUUUUAAUAUUUUGUGUACUGACAUCAAUUCAUGAUCCUAUUAAUCGACAUAUAAUUCAUGAAGAACACGAUAAUACUUAUGAAAAACGAAUAUGGUGUAUUGUUACUUAUUCAUCUAGAUUACAAAUAUACAAUUCAUUAAUACAUACUUUUCAGUUUUUUGUUCCUUUUAUUCUUAAUUUCAUUUCAGCUGUUAUUCUUAUUACUAAGAAAACAAAUAAUCAAUCAAAUCUUGAGACGAAACAAACACGUUUAAAAAUUUUUAUGAAAAAUUGUCGACAACAUCAACAUUUACUCAUCGCGCCUGUUGUUUUAGUUAUUUUAUCUAUACCACGUUUGAUCAUAUCAUUUGUAUCAAAAUGUAUGAAGACAAAUAAUAAUGAUGUAUGGUUGUAUCUCAUGGGAUAUUUUAUUUCAUUUAUUUCACCAGUUCUCACAUUUGUAAUCUUUAUUGUACCAUCGAAAUUUUAUCGAAAAGAAUUUCGAAAAUCUGUUGUUCAAUAUCGAACUUUAUUGCGAAAGCGUUUUGGGAUUUUAUCAUAA